GAAUUCGUUUGCUCUUUCUCUUUCCCUUUACAGCAGAAUUUCGAGAUGGCUCCCGUUAAGAAGUCCAAGGUCGCUCCUUCCCCCUAUGCCAAGAAGUCCGCUUCCAAGGCCCCAACCAAUCCCUUGAUUGAGAAGACCCCCAAGAACUUUGGUGUUGGUCAGGACAUCCAGCCUGUUAGGGACCUCUCUCGCUAUGUCAAAUGGCCUGAAUAUGUUCGCCUUCAGCGUCAGCGCAAGAUUUUGAAUCAGCGUCUCAAGGUUCCCCCAACUUUGAACCAGUUCACCCAGGUCUUGGACAAGAACACUGCUACCCAGUUGUUCAAGCUCGCCAACAAGUACCGCCCCGAGACUCGCAUUGAGAAGAAGGAGCGCUUGACUGCUGCUGCCGCUGCUCAGGUUGAGAAGAAGGGUGAGAAGGCCGACACCAAGAAGCCCUAUGUGAUCAAGUAUGGUAUUAACCACAUCACUGCCUUGGUUGAGGCCAAGAAGGCUUCCCUCGUCGUCAUUGCUGAUGAUGUUGACCCCAUUGAGCUCGUCCUCUGGUUGCCCGCUCUCUGCCGCAAGAUGGGUAUCCCAUACGUCAUUGUUAAGGGUAAGGCCCGUCUUGGAACAGUCGUCCACAAGAAGACUGCUACUGCCCUUGCCUUCACUGAGGUCCGUGCUGAGGACAAGUCUGAGCUCUCUUCUUUGAUCUCUGCUAUCAAGUCCAACUACACUGAGAAGAACGAGUCUGCUCGCAAGCUCUGGGGUGGUGGAGUCAUGGGCUUCAAGUCCAACAUCAAGAUGGCUAAGCGUGCCAGCGCUGUUAAGAACUCUCUCUAAAUUAGUUUAUUUUUUUUACGGGAAGAGUAAUUACUUGCUGAAGAUGAUAUAAAAGAAAACCACAUCAAAACGAACAGGAAUAGCUUGCAAGUAUUUUAACAGUAUUAAAUAAAGUACGAUGCAGUUCUUUCUAUAUACCC